GUACAACCCUGUUUAUUAUCCUGAAAACAAAAGACGGGAAACAGUAUGUUAUAUAAAACUAGAGCUUUUAAUAACCAAAUUAUAUUUGUGACUAGACCGUUUCUCACACUACAUGUUAGAAAUGUACGAAUUUAAAUAUGUAAUACAAGGCAAAGGCUAAUCUCUUUACAGGAGAUAUAUGGGCAGGCCCGGACGGGGUCCCAGUGUUCCUGUGUCGAUUAAUCAUGGCGGAUUGGAGAGGGUGUGAAGAAUCCCAGCUGGAAUUUGUGUAAAAAAAAAUAAUAAUAAUAAAGAGAGAUAUAAAAAUAAAGAGAGAAAGGGUGUUUUGAUGAGUGAGGAGACUGUGUGGCGGGAUUAUGAACCCAGAACCCUGCUUUCCUCUGCAGCAUUUAAUGUUCAUGAUACCUAAAGAGAAGCCCCAGCCCAUUGCAAGAAUGCCUGUUGUGUGGCCGACUCUCCUUGAUCUCAACAGGGAUGAGUGCAAGAGGAUUCUGCGCAAACUGGAGCUGGAGGCGUAUGCUGGUGUUAUCAGUGCUCUGCGUGCACAAGGAGAUCUCACCAAGGAAAAGAAGGAUCUCCUGGGGGAACUCAACAAGGUCCUUAGCAUUUCAACUGAGCGCCACCGUGCUGAGGUCCGCAGAGCUGUGAAUGAUGAACGGUUAACUACUAUUGCUUAUCACAUGUCAGGACCUAACAGCUCUUCAGAAUGGUCUAUAGAAGGCCGCAGACUGGUCCCCCUAAUGCCAAGGCUGGUUCCACAGACCGCAUUCACAGUGACGGCUAAUGCCGUGGCCAGCACAACUGCCCAGCACAACACCUCCCUGCUGCUACCCGCAGAAACAGGCAAUAAAGAAGUUGUUGUUUGUUAUUCGUACACAAGCACAACCUCCACUCCGGCGACAGCCACAGUUCCCAGUGGCAGCGCUGCCCCAGUGAAGUCCCCCAGACCCGCGAGCCCAGCCUCCAAUGUGGUGGUGUUGCCCAGCGGGAGCACUGUCUACGUCAAGAGUGUGAGCUGCUCAGAUGAAGAUGAAAAGCCACGCAAACGGAGACGCACAAAUUCGUCGAGCUCGUCCCCCGUGGUGUUGAAGGAGAUCCCAAAAGCAGCCACACCCAUUCCCAAAACCAUCACGGUGCCAGUGAGCGGCAGCCCCAAGAUGAGCAACAUCAUGCAGAGCAUCGCCAACUCCCUCCCGCCACACAUGUCUCCGGUGAAGAUCACCUUCACCAAGCCCUCCACCCAGAGCACCAGCAGCAGCACCCAGAAGGUUAUAAUAGUGACCACUUCUCCGAGUUCGACGUUUAUGCCCAACAUUCUGUCGAAGUCACACAACUAUGCUGCCGUCACGAAGCUGGUCUCCACGUCAGUGCUCACAGCGGCUUCCCAGAAGCAGCCCAUAGUCAUCACAGCCUCCCAGUCCUCCCUAGCCACUGGCAGCAGUGAGAGCACAACACUGUCUCCAGCUCCCACCUGUGUCGCCGUGACCACAGUAAUUUCAUCAUCCCCUUCUGUUGUCAUGUCAACAAUAGCCCAAGGUGCUUCCUCCGCAGCAGUUAAAGCUGCAUCUGCAAGGCUUCCUUCCCCUAAGAGUCUGAUGGGCUCUCCCACACAGAUCCUCGCCCAGUUUCCCAAACACCAGCACUCCCCCAAGCAGCUGGCACAGCCCUCCAUGGGCGCUCUGCAGCAGCAAUGCCAGACUGCCCCGGGCAUCAAGCCCACCAUUCAGAUUAAGCAGGAGUCGGGUGAGAAGAUGCAGGACUGGAGGGAUGUGCACAUGUACAGAGGUGUCAAGAUCAUCACACAGCAGAUGCAGCCCAGUAAAAUCCUCCCCAAGCCCUCCACUUCCACCUUGCCCAGCAGCAGCAGCAGCUCUCCCAUCAUGGUUGUCAGCAGCAACGGCACGAUCAUGACCACCAAGCUUGUCUCCACUGCUACAGGAACACAGGCCACAUACUCCCGCCCCACAGUGACCCCGACUAUCGGGGCUCGCGUGGCUGCGUCCCCUGGAGGGGCCACGUAUGUGAAGACAACCAGCGGGAGCAUCAUCACUGUGGUGCCCAAAUCACUGGCCACCCUGGGGGGCAAAAUCAUCAGCAGCAACAUUGUAUCGGGCACGACAACAAAAAUAACCACCAUUCCCAUGACUUCCAAGCCCAAUGUUAUAGUGGUGCAAAAGACCACCGGGAAAGGAACUACCAUACAAGGGCUCCCUGGGAAAAAUGUUGUGACAACGUUGUUAAAUGCAGGGAUCAGGUAUAACACAGAGAAGACUCGCCUGCAGACUUCUUUACCAGCUUGCCUCAGUUUUGACUUAUUGAGGGACAGCCAUCUGCAGGAGAGCAAGGGGGAAAAGACACUUCAGGCAGUCCCAUCAAAACCCGCCAUCAUUACAGCCACCAGACCCAUCACCAAAAUGAUUGUGACGCAGCCCAAGGGAAUGGGAUCAGGAGUGCAGCCAGCCACUAAGAUCAUACCCACCAAAAUAGUGUAUGGACAGCAAGGGAAAACACAGGUGCUGAUCAAGCCCAAGCCCAUGGCGUUCCAGGCGACGGUGGUGAGCGAGCAGACCCGGCAGCUGGUGAGCGAGACCCUGCAGCAGGUCUCCCGGGCCAGCGAGGCAGGGGGAGCGGCCAGCCAGGAGGUGGCGCUCAAGGAGGAGCUGCAGACCUUUCCAGAGAGCAGCUCAUCCUCAACAGAGUCCUCCCACAGCUCGCAAGACUCUCAGCCUGUCGUUCAUGUAAUCACCUCUAGAGGUCAGGAGUGGGCAGAACAAGAGGUUUCUGUGGAGUCAAGUCCCACUAUAAUCUACCAAGACGUGCCUGUGGAGUCCCAGUCUGCAACCUCCACUAUAAAGGCCCUGCUGGAGCUCCAGCAGACAACAGUUAAGGAGAAGGGGGAGUCUAAACCAAGGCAGCACACCAUUGAUCUGAGUCAGAUGGCAGUGCCUAUCCAGAUGGCCCAAGAGAAGAGGCCGUCCCCAGAAAGCCCAGUCAUCACUGCUGUGGAAUCUGAUCUCAUCACAGAGUAUAUCACCACGGGCAAAUCUGCGAAGCCUGGCAUGUCCUCAGCCAGCAUCAGCAGUGGUGAGAUAGCUUUGACGUCCCUGCUGUCUGCCAGUCAGCCUCAGUCUACGUCAUUGCAGAGAGCCCCGCAGCAGGCAGUGCCACAGACCCCAGUGAUGGUGAAGCCAAUCCCAGCAUCCUCCGCACUCGCAGUCACCCGCUUCGUGAAACAGGCUGUGACUAGCCAGGUGGUGCACAGCAAGCAAGCCGAGGAUGUAGGAAGGGAGGAGGGGGAGGUCGAGGGAGAUACCUUGGACCCUCAGACAGGCCUGUUCUACAGGUCAGCACAGCAGCUGAAACAAGCGUCCCAGCAGCAAGACCCGCCGAAACUCCUGCCUCCUGGCAAUCCAGCCACCGCGCUGAACCAAGGAGCUGCUCAGCAGAAGCAGCCUGCCUUGUACCAGCAGCAGCAGCUCAAGCCUGUCCUGCAGCACCACCUGGUGGUGAAAGAGAGGCAGGUUUCCGGAGCCGGGGCCCAGGCCCAGGCCCAGGCCCAGCAGACUGUGGUGCAGGUGAUAGCAGUGAAGCCGCCCCACACCCCACAGCUUCCCAAGCUGCAGCAGGCACCCAGCAGCCAGAACCGACCCAUACACACCGUGCUCUCCCAGCCGCCCCCGCUGCAGGCACACCACCCUGUGUCUUCAGACAAACCCACAAUGAGCCAGGUGCAGCAGCCAAUCAUAACUCAAGGAGCCACCGUAACAAAGAUAACAUUUGGGAGCCACCAGCCUGCCUCCAUAUCCAAACCAGCCAGCGGGGAAGCAGCUGCUAAACUGUCCCCCGUCUCCAGCACCGGCCCUGCUCCGUCCUCGGACAAGUCAUCCAUAUCGGACAUCCUGAAGAUCUCCAUGCUCGAGGCCCAGAUCGACCCCAGCGUGGAGCCCAUGGUGGUGGACUCUUCCAGCGACUGUACCUUCAGUAAAGGGGCUGCUGCUUCUCAAACAGUGGCAUCGGGUCAGCUGAUCAGCAGCACAGCCAGUCCCGUGGUUCAGUCAAGUCAGUCUAAGCAGCUGCAACAGAGUCUAGGAGGAGCUGGGACCUCCCUCCAUGGCCAGUUCACCCGCAUCCAGAACCUGCCUGCACAGAAGAGCAAGGAAGUGGACAUAAUACAGGUUAUCCCGCAGUAUUCCAUCACCCCCGACUCUAGUCAGUCCAAUGUGGUUGUGGAACCCAGUGGAUUCCUGGAGAUCACCAACUUCACCAGCCAGAGCCUGGAGGAGGAGACUGUGAUGGAGCAGGAAGUGGACAGCAGCAACGACGAAGGGAUGGAGGCCAGUCCAUCACAGAGCUCCAUUGACCAGGCGCAGUAGAAGAAGCAUGGCUAACACUGCUGCACAACACAGCGCAAGGAGCAGGGCAAUAAAGAGACUGUUUAAAAUCCAUCCAGAUGGCUUGUUUACAGAGCCACUUGAUGCAGCCACGUUCUGAGAGACUGCUUUACAGAGCCAUGUGAUGCGGCCACGUUCUGAGACUGACAGAGCCACGUGAUGCAGCCACUAUCUGAGAGACUGCUUUACAAAGCCAUGUGAUGCAGCCACGUUCUGAGAGACUGCUUUACAGAGCCACGUGAUGCAGCCACGUUCUGAGACUGACAGAGCCACGUGAUGUGGCCACGUUCUGAGAGACUGCUUUACAGAGCCACGUGAUGCGGCCAUGUUCUGAGAGACUGCUUUACAGAGCCACGUGAUGCGGCCACGUUCUAAUAGACUGCUUUACAGAGCCACGUGAUGCAGCCACGUACUGAGACUGACAGAGCCACGUGAUGUGGCCACGUUCUGAGAGACUGCUUUACAGAGCCACGUGAUGCGGCCAUGUUCUGAGAGACUGCUUUACAGAGCCACGUGAUGCAGCCACGUUCUGAGAGACUGCUUUACAGAGCCACGUGAUGCAGCCACGUUCUGAGACUGACAGCCACGUGAUGCGGCCACUUUCUGAGAAACUGCUUUACAGAGCCACGUGAUGCGGCCACGUUCUGAGAGACUGCUUUACAGAGCCACGUGAUGCAGCCACGUUCUGAGAGACUGCAUAGAACUGUGCUUCUCUGCCAGCGGCUUCUUUUAUAAAGAACAAAAAACAAGCUGAGCUGCCUAGAUAAAAGAGGGAAUCUGAAUUAGAGACCAAACAGAACUCUCACCAACUGAUAUUCUGAAAAACAGAACAAACACGCAACAGGCUAGUUUUUAUUGCAACAAACUGUUCAUCAUGGUGAAAAAAAGUGAAUGGCAUUAUUCCCCCCGAGGUGUUUUUUAAUAUUUGUAAAUAGUACGAUUUUAAGUCUUGGUAAAAACAGAAAAAAGGUAAACUUUUUAACAAAGCCAGUCUAGGAUGUUUCUAUGAAGCUUUACGUUCAAGCACAAUGGUUUGUGUUUCGCUACUUUCUUUUGCUAAAAGGUGCUGUAUUUCAGGAGCAUCUCUGUGAUACUCAGUAUUCAUUGCUGUAACCUCCUUCCCCCUGUGUGUGUGUGUGUGUGUGUGUGUGCAUAUAUAU